AUGAGAAGCGUGUUGAAGAAGCUACUAUGGUGUGGAGGAGCCAAGAACUAUGCUUCUUCAAGAACAUCGGCAUUACCAGAAGAAGGAAGAGUUCGGGUUCAUGUAGGUAAAGAUGAAGAGAGUCAAUGUAAGCUAGAGGUUGAGGCUAAUUUGCUAAACCACCCAAUGUUUGAGGAACUAUUAAGGUUGUCUGAGGAAGAGUUCGGACACUCGUACGAAGGAGCUUUGAGGAUUGCUUGUGAGAUUGAUGUCUUUAUCAAACUUAUUAAUCUACACAAAACAACUAAUUAA